AUGGAACAGGAUGUAUACGAGGAAAUUGAUAAGACCACGGCAGUCAGAAGGCAGAAUAGAAUACAAAGGACAGUUAUUGGUCCUAAAGGUCGAGGUGAGUGGAAUGCACUUGGAAGUUACCAAUACUACGUAUCUGGAAAAGGAGAUUUAAAAUCAAAUGAUGAUGGUAAAUUAUUCUGUAAAAACAAUGAUGGCGAGAUGGCAAUGAUAAAAACUAGCGAGAUUCAAACGUUUAUUCAGAAUCAAGUCUCAGCUACCUCAGGAACACCAUAUGGAUUUUAUAUUGGAUUGAAGGAAGUUGGCACAAGCAAUAUCUUCAAAUGGAAUGACAAUUCAGAACUAACCUACACUAACUGGAAAACAGGAGAACCUUCUCGUUAUCCACUUGAACAUUGUGUUGCUAUGGGGUGGUGGCAUGUGUAUCGUGCAAAUCUACCGUGGUAUGACUCCGAAUGCGAUGUGAAUGCACCAACUGGAUUUGUCUGUCAACGAUUAAUCGGCUGGAACUGGGGAUCAUGGGAGUCUUGGGGAAGUUGUGAAUGCCCGGGAAUAAGGCAGCGAAACCGAACUUGUGUUGACAGUGGAAGAAUUGGUCCAUACAUAUGCAAUGAUACCGCAAAACAGUCGGAAAUAUGCACGCCAUACGCUUCCUGUAAUGCAACUAUGUCUUCAUUGACCACAGCUCCGACUCCACCAGAUCGAGGAAACUGGUUUCCUAAUGGAAGUUAUGAAUACUACGUUUCACCGGGUAGUAGUUCAGGAUCUUAUGAAUACUCGAAAACAUUUUGCAAAAAUGUAGGAGGCGAACUAGCAUUAAUAAAGAAUGAAAUAACACAAAGAUUUAUAAAAACACUCAUUUCUGAUGGAUCAGGAGAACCAUACACAUUCUACAUUGGACUUGUUUAUGACAAAUCAAUGUCGAUGUUUCAAUGGAAUGAUGCAACAAACCUUUCAUUCACUCUUUGGGAUGAAGGAGAACCAAACAAUCAUGAUUCUGGUAGUGGAACACAGAUUUGCGUAUCGAUUGGUAAACAAAAAACUUAUGACGCAAAUCUUUUAUGGCAUACGAUGGACUGUAUCAUAGGAGCAACAGGACCAAAAGGAUUGGUGUGUCAACGACGUAUCGGCCGGAAUUGGGGAUCAUGGGAGUCUUGGGGAAGUUGUGAAUGCCCGGGAAUAAGGCAGCGUAACCGAACUUGUGUUGACAGCUCAAGGAUUGGUCCAAACUCAUGCAAUGAUACGGCAACACAGUCCAAAAUUUGCACGCCAUCCGUUUCCUGCAAUGUAAUUAUGCCUUCAUUGACCACAGCUCCGACUACACUGAAUCGAGGAAACUGGUUUUCCAAUGGAAAUUAUGAAUAUUACGUUUCACCGGGUGGUAGUACAAGAUCUUAUAAAGAUUCAAAAACUUUUUGCAAAAAUAAAGAAAGUGAAUUAGCAUUAAUAAAGGAUGAUAUCACUCAAGGAUUUCUAAAAACACUUAUUUUUGAUGGAUCAGGAGAACCAUACACAUUCUAUAUUGGACUUGUUUAUGACAAAUCAAAGUCGAUGUUUCAAUGGAACGACGGAACAAACCUUUCAUUCAUUCGUUGGGAUGAAGGAGAACCAAACAAUCAUGAUACUGAUAGUGGAACACAGACUUGUGUAUCGAUAGGUGAACAAAAAACUUAUGACGCAAAUCUUCUAUGGCAUACGAUGGACUGUGACACUGGAGCAACAGGGUUGAAAGGAUUGGUGUGUCAACGCCAUAUCGGGAAGUACUGGGAAACCUGGUCAUCGUGGAGUUUAUGUAACUGCAGCUCUAUGAUGAAAAUAAGAAAUCGGACAUGCAUUGACUCGAGCAGGAUGGGGCCCAAUAAUUGCAUUGGUUCUAAUUUUGAGACGACCAGUUGUUCAAAAGACUCUACCUGUGAAACAACGCCCACCCCUUCAACCGUUGAAAUGACAACAACAAAUAAAUAUCAUGAAUUUACAACUCCUACUGACAUGACACAUACUUCCGCAUUGUCUGCCAUUGCAAAUGACACAAAAACUACGGAGAUAAACAUUCUCUCUCCCAUCAGUGCAAUCACUACUACUACAACGAAUUCUAGUGAACACAACAUUCUAUUGGUUGCAAUUAUCUCAUCCAUAGUCACAUUGAUUCUCGCAGCCAUUUUAUUUGGAAUUGUUUUGCUGAUUCGUAAAUGCAAAGUAAUGAGAAAGAAUUCUCAAAAAAUCGCAACUCAACCACAAAGUAUUUCAGAGAUGAAUAACGUUGUUAAUAACGUCCCGAGUUCUUAUGAAAAAAUUGAUGAAAUUCAAACAUCACAACUGAACUCCGGAAACUAUGAGAUAAGAGAAGAGAAAGAUGGAAAUUAUGAAAUCCCGCAUAAUUAUGAGGAAAUAAAAGAAAGAGAUCAUCAAUACAAAGAAAUGGAUGAUGGUAAAACAAUAGAACAUCCGUACAUCAAUUCAAUGCCUGAAAAUGAAUAUGAUGCUUGA